AUGAUGCAGACCAGGAUGGCGGUGUCGGGCGAAGCGCAAAACCGUACUGGCGGUGGGCGUCGUCCACGCAAAGGCAAAACUCCUCCGGCCAUGCCCCCGAUGCCACCGUCGAACGGCACGGCAGGCACGCCCCCGUGGGCCAUGAUGCCUCCGUCGGACGGCAUGCCCUCGGCAAUGAUGCCUCCGUCGGACGGCAUGCCCUCGGCAAUGAUGCCCCCGUCGGACGGCAUGCCCGCGGCAAUGAUGCCCCCGUCGGACGGCAUGCCCGCGGCAAUGAUGCCCCCGUCGGACGGUAUGCCCGCGGCAAUGAUGCCCCCGUCGGACGGCAUGCCCGCGGCAAUGAUGCCCCCGUCGGACGGCAUGCCCGCGGCAAUGAUGCCCCCGUCGGACGGCAUGCCCGCGGCAAUGACGCCCCCGUCGGACGGCAUGCCCGCGGCAAUGAUGCCCCCGGACGGCAUGGACGGUGCAGCCAUGCCGUCGGGGGGCAUGCCCCCUGCCGCGGUGGUGGCUCCGCCAGAGGGCGGCACCACGGCCGCGGCGGCUCCGGGUGUCUUGUCCGCCAUUGGCGACCCGCACUUGGUCAACGUACACGGGGAGCAUUUCGACGUAAUGAGGCCGGGCGUCCACGUUCUCCUCCUCGUGCCCUUCCGAGCGAACCGGUCGGAUGCGCUCCUCGCCGUGGAGGCCGACGCCCAGCGGAUAGGCGACGCUUGCGCGGACACGUACUUCAUGAGCGUCAACAUGACGGGAGCAUGGGUGGAGUCCAAGGUCGCCUCGCUCGGGUUGAAGGGAGGCCACGGCCUUUUCUUCAGCGCUGGCACGAAGGCAGCCAACACGGGCACGCCGUGGAUGUCUUUCGGGAAGGUCUGGCUGAAGGUGAGGCACGGCCGCACCAGCACUGGCACAGCAUACUUGAACUUCUUCGCACGCAACUUGAGGCACGCCGGCCACAUGGUUGGGGGGCUCCUCGGGGAGGAUGACCACACUGAGGUGGCGACUCUGAGCAGCGGCUGUAAGAAGACCCUGGCGCUCUGA